AUGGGAGAAGCAUCAAGAGCCAGCAGCUCAGCGUACCCGCUGCUCCUCGUGCUAGCGCUGGCGCAUUGGCGCGGCGUCGCAGCGGCGAGCUCCACCACCUUCACCGUGUCCAACUACUGCUCCCAGCCCAUAUGGCCCGGGACGCUCGCCGGCGCGGGGACGCCGCAGCUGCCGACGACGGGGUUCAGGCUCGACCCGGGGCAGAGCGCGCUGGUGCCGGCGCCGGCGGGGUGGUCCGGCCGGCUAUGGGCGCGCACGGGCUGCGCGUUCGGCGCGGGCGGCGAGGGCACGUGUCAGACCGGCGACUGCGGGGGGCGCUUGGAGUGCGCCGGCGCCGGCGGCGCGCCGCCCGCGACGCUGUUCGAGGUCACGCUGGGGAAGGGCGCCACCGGCCUGGACUACUACGACGUCAGCCUCGUCGACGGCUACAACCUGCCCGUCGUCGCCGUCCCGCGGGCGCCGUCGGGCGCCGGGUGCAACGCCACCGGCUGCACGGCCGACCUCAACCUAUCGUGCCCCAAGGAGCUGCAGGUGGAGCGCGGUGGCACGGUGGCGUGCCGGAGCGCGUGUGAGGCGUUCGGGCAGGACCAGUACUGCUGCAGCGGCGCGUACGCGACGCCGGCGGCGUGCCGCCCGACGGCCUACUCGUCCAUCUUCAAGUCGGCGUGCCCGCGCGCGUACAGCUACGCCUACGACGACGGCUCCAGCACCUUCACCUGCCACAGCGCCGCCGGCUACACCAUCGCCUUCUGCCUCCCUCCGUCGUCCGGGUUGCACGGCUCUGAUGUCACUCCCCUCGUUUCGCCGCCGGCGUCUGGGCAAAGCACCGGCAGAGUUGGCGGCGAUGGCGUCGGAAGCGCCGACCAGCCGCCUCAUCCUGCUACUGGCAACAGUGAUGGAGGGGGCUACCAUCAGCUGUGGAUGACGAUGUCGCUAGCCAGCACGCUCCACGAUCAGCUGUGGCUUCUGCUGCCUCUGCCUGCAGUGCUCUUGCUCCUCCUCUGACCACCCUCCCGGCCUCCCCUCGCUCACCAUGAAGAUGAAAUGAAGCUCUUGUACUGUAAGGUUCACUCAUUGACGGUAUAGUCCCCAUGCGUAGCAGCGGUAGUAAAACCAUCCAUCAUGCCCAGUGGGGACGGAAACAUGUACAGAAUACAGAUACAGACUGGAUCCGUUUACGUAUAGAUUACGACGACCAAAACAGGCUGUUCAUCGUUUGUUC